CCACUAUCGUACCGGUACUCGCAAUCUCCUUCUAGCAAGAGGGGCAGAUUUGUACAGAAAUUGCCUUGCCUCCGCGACACGACAAGACACAACACAACACAUAACACACAGCACACAUCACACGACACACAUCGCACAACCAUGGCCAGAACGAACCACACAACCCACAGCGGGCCCCUGUGCCUCUUCCUUUUGGCCGGCUGGUCCGCGGUGAUGCUGGCGAGGUGCCCGGAUGCACUCGUACUUGCCUUUCGGGCACCAACACCGGCGAACGCGGGACGGAUCCAUCGGCGGGUCGGGCCUGCCACCCAUCCGGUGUGCAGCCGCCACCACCACCGGACACCGUCCCAAGCCUUGUUCGCCUUUACGGAGGAGGCCACGAACCAGCCGCCGGAAGACCCCGCCGUCAACGGGUCCGUCAACGGAUCGGCGGCGAACAAAGGCGGCGGGAGCAGCACCACCACGGAUCAUAAGAUUGCCCGCAGGCGCAAGCGCGACCGGCUGCUGCGGUCCCUGCCCCUCAAGGGGGACGAUCUCGACCGGACCAUCCUCAAGACGUGCAUCCCGACGGUCAUGAACCUCAUGGUCGUCCCCCUCGUCAACUCCGUCGACACCUUCUGGGUGGGCCGCCUCGGCGUGGCCAUGGCCCUGGCGGGGCAGUCGGCGGCCAACCAGGCCUGCUUCACCCUCUUCUUCCUCAUUGCCUUUCUCCCCAACAUGACGGCCCCGCUGGUCUCGGAGGCCAUCAGCUCGGGAGACGACAAGGCGGCCCGGGAGCGCGUCUGCGAGAGCCUCUUUCUCUCCAAUCURCUGGGGGCCAUCGGGACCCUCGGGCUGGUGGCCUUUCCCCGCCAGAUCCUCACGGCCCUCCUCCUACCGGCCGACAGCCCGGUACUGGCCUACGCGGCGCCCUACCUCCGGUGGAGGGCCCUGGGGAUGGUCCCGAGCCUCGUCGCCGCCACCGGAUCGGCCGCCUACCGCGGCCUCCUCGACACGGUCACCCCGCUCAAGGUCAGCCUCCUGACGAACGGGGUCAACCUGCUCCUGGACCCCCUGCUGAUCUUUGGCGCGGGCCGGGCGAAAGGCCUGGGCUUUGUCGGGGCCGCAAUGGCCACGGCGGCCUCGGAAACCCUCGGCGGGGCCGUCUACAUWMGGCUCCUCCUCAAGAGGGGACUGGCCAGGGCKAGGCUCCUCUUGCGGCCCCCACCGAUGGCGUCCCUGCUGCCCCUGCUGACCGGGGGGGCCGCGAUGCUCCUCCGGCAGCUCGCCCUCAACGUGAGCUUUCUGGUGGCCACCCGCCGGGCCUCGGUCCUGGAUUCCACCGGGGUGGCCGGGGCCGCCUACGGGAUCACCAUGCAGAUCUACUCGGUCGGGAUCAUCGCGCUGGUGGGGAUGCAGGGGGCCGCCGCGGCCCUGGUUCCGUCCUUCCGUGGCGCCAAGGAAGUGGCCGACCCCUCCGAACGGGACCAGAACGCCCGGAACGCCGCCGAUCGCCUGCUGGGGUGGUCCAGCCUGGCCGGCCUCUUGCUGGGGAUCGGCCAGACCCUCCUGCUGCCGGUUCURGUCCCCCUCUUCUCGACCCUGCCGGAGGUCCGGGAGGCGGUCAAGACCCCYUCGCUCAUUGCCUCGCUGAUCCACGUGGUCAACGGGCCGGUCCUGGCCGGGGAGGGCAUCAUGAUGGGGGUCGGGGCCUACAGGGCCCUCGCCACCGUCACCAUGGGGUACGUGGUGAGCAUGUUCGGCUGCCUGACCUUUACGCCGCUGGGGAAGCGCCUCGACGGGAUCAUGUGGAGCAUCCUGGUCGCGAGCCUCGUCCAGCAGAUCGGCGUCGUGGGGCACUACCUCCGGGUCGGGCCACUGGCYGUCGCGAGGAAACCGAAGACAGACCCACCACCCAUGCAAGGCUCCGGGGGUGGCGACGACGGCGGCGGCGGCGGGGAAGCGCCCCGGCAAACCCGUGUCCCCCUCUGAGCGGGCUUCGAGCAGACGCUCCGGUGUGAUCCGGUGACUUUCAACGCAAUGCGACUGCCUGCCGAACAAACGAGGCGAACCCUUCCAAACACACACAAACCAAAACMCACACCCGCACAUGGACUUGSAAGCCACAAAAAAGGCCGAAGCGACAGUAUUUUGUGGCUUCGCCGCCAGCAGGAACCGAGGCUACGUCAAAMAAUGCAUCGGGAAAUGGGAGAGAUGCCAGCGAUUCCAAAUUCCGUUUCCUUGGUGUAUAAUGACCACACAUUCAUUUUCGUUCCACUUCGAUCGAUUUCUUGAACUACGAAAACCAAGCCAUCGAGUUUCGCUUCUAUUUCUACGAUUCUUAAAAAAUUUCGUAAUUUCUCAAUUAAAAAAUAGUUGUAUAAUACAUUGUACAUAAUAGU